AUGACAAGUCCAUUCAAUUGGCUUUUAGGAAUUGGACGUUCACCAUCGACAUCCAAUUUGUCCAAUACAACUUAUCAAACACCUUUAAAUCAAACAGUUAAUACCACAGUCACACAAAAUCCACCAGUUGCAUCGACACCAAUUACAAAUCAACUUUCAUUACAUCGCAAUUUGAAUCAAUUAGUCGAUGAAGGACAACGUUCAUCCUUGAAAACCAAACGGGAAUUAAUCAACAAUAUCGAUCAAUUAAGUACAUUACCGUUUUUGAAUACUUCAACUGGAAUCAAUGUUCAACGAAUCCAAGAUCAAUUUGAACAAAUCGAUAAAACUUUACAGACCACCGUACCGAAACUACGAGACGAUACAAUCAAUUCACAGUUUGAUGGAAGAGUUACGACGAAUCUGAAUGAUAAUCUCAAACAUGAACGAGAGAAAACUCUCCUAUCGAUGCUGAGAAUGAUCGAAGAUAAAACCUAUGAUGAAAUCACUCGUCAUAGUAACUAUGUCUUGGAAAAUAAUUGGCAAAAGCAACGGCAAUUCAUUCUAUCAAGCGUAUCAAAACAUGAUCAAAGUUAUCUAGAUGAAGCCAAUGCUAUGCAGAUUAAACGAUUUGAAACGCCCAGAACAUUGUCAAGAGGAUUAUCGAGCGUCGAGGCUGCAUAUGCCAAAGUCAUUGCAUUAUACAAUGUCGGUAAAAUAGCGCGUCAAAAUCUAAUCGAUGAGUUUAUUAAUGUUGUUCAAUCGUCUAAUCAACCUCAGGCAGCUAUUGAUCUAUGGGAUGUGGUUCGUUAUAUGAGCCAAUUACCAAGUGAUUAUGUGCUAACGCGAACAGCAUUACCAUCUCAACAGGCAAUUGUCAUAGCUGCUCGAAGUUAUCUAGAAUAUUCGUUUCGUGUUCAAUUAUCUAAACUUUUCAUAAAUCUUGUGUCAGAUGAUGAUCUUCAUAAACCAGGUUCAGUAUACAAAUUAAUUAUUCGUUACAUUCGACAGAAACAUCCAAAUAUCGUUCAUAUUAUCGAUGAUGAUGGAAAUAUCGAUGAUUUGCCAGUCUGGGCAAUCAUUUUCUAUUGUUUACGCGCCGGUGACCUACAAUCAGCACUGAAUGCAGCAAAACGAUGCCAUUUAACAAGUGCAGUCGAAUGGCUAACAAAUUACAUAAAAAAUGAUAACCAAUCAAUCGAUCCAACGAUUCGUUUGAAAAUUCAGGAUGUUUACGAUCGCGAACAUUCGACAAAUCCAUUUAAAAGCGUUGUGCUAUCCAUUCUCUCGGCAUACGAUGUUAAUAACAUGCAUGAAUUAAUAAUCAAUUCGAUCGAUGAUCUUCUCUGGCUUCGUCUAUCGCAAAUAGUCUUUCCCAAUCAAGAUUUAAUGUCACUUAACAAACUACAAAAACUUGUUUACAAUGAAGGAAGUGCAAAUCGAAGUUCAUUCAAUGAGAAACCAAUACAAUUCGCUAUGUGUUUGCUUCUGACUGGUCAAUUCGAGACAGCAAUCGAUCUGUUGAACCAAAUCGAACAAUUUCGUUGUCACGCUGUUCACAUCGGCAUAUUUCUUCAUGAAAGUCGAUUACUUUCCACGGCAUCGAAAUCAAAUAGUCCAAUGUUAAUAACAACAUCAACAGUAGAAGAUCCAUUAAAAUCGAUAAAUUAUCAACGUUUGCUGACAAGUUACACGGAAAAAUGUCGAUAUGAUACGGAGCUCUGGCAAAUAGUCAAUUAUUUCUAUUUACUCAAACAGAUUCGACAAAAAGAUGGAGAAAAUUGUUUUAUUGAAUCAUUAGCUGUUUUACUAUUAAAAUUAGAUGAAAAUGACCUUGAUAAUCUACUAGAAAGAUUAUUUGGCAUGAAUAGACAAGGUGUCCCAACUGAAGCUCGCAUUCUUGAUCAUCUUGAUAUCGAUACCAGUGUUGUUACUGCAAAUGUUGGUCUUUAUCUUGAAAAACAUGGUAAUUUAGAACUAGCAGCUAUUCUCUAUGAUCGUGCUAAGAAAACACGGCAAGCAUGUUCAAUCUACAAUCGUCUUCUUUCGGAAGCAAUUCGGGCCCUGAUUACCUCGAAUACCCUUGCCGAAGGCAAUAUUCUCUCCAGUGCACGUUCAUUCGCUUCUCGUUUAUCAUCUACACAAAAUGAAUUUGAUCGGACAACAAACACUCUAUACACUCUCCUGGAUAUCUAUGUCUACGUCGAAUUCUUCAAAUCUCAACAAUUUGAACGUGCUUAUGAGAUUAUUCAAAAACUUUCCUUAUUACCAUUUGCACAUACACAAAUCGAUCAAUGUCUCGAAUCGAUUAAUUACUAUUCGACGGAAAUUCUCGAUUGUUAUCCAGAUAUCAUACUGAUUACAUUGACAUUAAUGUCAAUAUUGGCGAGUGUGGAAUAUAAAUCAUCAGCGAAUUCGUCGAAUCAACAUUUAUUACUUGCGGCAACAAGUUCAUUCGAUCAACGAACAUCGCAUAUACUCAGUACGAAUAAGAAAGGUCUUUUGGAUGAACUAAAACGACAAGCGGAUGUUCUCUUUCGUUUUAUUGGUUUAUUACCAAUCAAACUUCACAAUCAUGUACAUGUACAACUUAUGGAAUGUUUCAGUCGAAUUAAAAAUGCUUGUUAA